AUGCUGCUCACCACAUUCGCUGUACUACUAGCCAGUGCAUUGGCACACGAGUAUCCAGACUGCUCGAGUGAGCCACUCUCUAACAAUUCAGUAUGCGACACUUCGCUCUCAGCACGCGAGCGUGCUCAAGCUCUGAUCGAUGCCAUGACCAUCCAGGAGAAGCUGAAUCUUACACACAACAACUCUCCCGGCGUACCGAGACUGGGUCUACCAACCUAUAACUGGUGGGGCGAAGCUCUGCAUGGCGUUGCUGCAGCUCCAGCCAUCGUGAUGGCAGCAGCAUUCGACGAUCCGCUCAUCUACUCAAUCGGUGAGGUCAUCAGCACGGAAGCAAGGGCAUUCAGCAACGCGAACAAAUCUGGUCUGGACUAUUGGACGCCAAACAUCAACCCGUUCCGCGACCCGCGCUGGGGACGUGGUCAGGAGACGCCGGGCGAGGACACCUACGUGGUCAAGCGGUACAUCGAGAAUAUGGUGACGGCUUUGCAAGGCGGUCCCGAGCCCGAGACAUACAAGAUUAUCGCCACUUGCAAGCACUACACAGCAUAUGAUAUGGAGUUCUGGCAGGGCAACACCCGCUACGGCUACGACGCGAAAGUCAGCGCACAGGACAUGGCUGAGUAUUACAUGCAGCCGUUUCAGCAGUGCGCAAGAGAUACCAAGGUGGGCUCUAUCAUGUGCGCCUACAACUCAGUCAACGGUGUGCCCAGUUGUGCGAACUCGUACACCAUCGAAUCCGUGCUUCGGGGUCACUGGAACUGGACUGCCGAUGAGAACUACAUCACUUCGGACUGCACCGCGAUCCAGAACAUCUAUACAGAUCAUCAUGCUUUCCCCGACCGUCAGCAAACAGUUGCAGCGGCACUCAACUCUGGCGUCGAUAUUGACUGCGGCUACUACAACCCCACCUUCCUCCCAUCAGCCUACGAGCAAGGCCUCUUCGAAGAAGCCACCCUCGACCGCUCCCUACUCCGCCUGUACACCGCCCUCGUCAAAUCCGGCUACUUCAACUCUGCCGAAUCCCAACCUUGGCGCUCACUCGGCUGGUCCAACGUCUCAACCCCGGAAUCCGAAGACCUCGCCCUGCAAAUCGCCGAGGAAGGGCUCGUCCUCCUCAAGAACGACGGCACUCUCCCCCUCUCCCUCCCUUCAGAAGGCAACCUCACCGUCCUCCUAAUCGGCGGCUGGUUCAACGCCACCUCCGAAAUGCAAGGCAUCUACGCGGGUCCCGCACGCACACUCGUCUCCCCGUGGAUGGCACUCAACAACAUGAGCAACAUCAACAUCGAGACUAUCCAGUGGUACGAGUCUCCCCUCAUCAAAGCGAACGAGCUGCAACCAGACGUCAUCGUCUGGAUCGACGCCACCCACGAGGGCGCCGAGGAGACCGCCGACCGCAACACGAUCAAGUGGGAUCUGAUGCAGCCUGACGCCGUCGAGUCCGUCGCCACAACGGGAAUCCCCACUGUGGUGGUGCACAUGGGCGAGCAGUGCGACGAUAGCAUGUUCUUCAGCAAUGCGAACGUAAGCGCUGUGCUGUGGGCGGGGUACCCGGGUAUGUUCGGCGGACAGGCGAUCAUCAAUACCCUCUUCGGUGAAGUCGCACCUGCAGGGAGGAUGCCGAUCACGCAGUACCCGACCAACUACGUGAACGAGGUUGCGAUGACGGAUAUGGGUUUGCGACCUGACAGUGAGACCGGCAAUCCUGGGCGUACGUAUAAAUGGUACGACAAUGCAACCGUGGAGUUCGGGUUUGGGCUGCACUACACCAACUUUACCGCAGAGAUCAUCGCCGUCGAGACAACAUCCUUCGACAUCGCCCAGCUCCCUCACGCACGUCGACCUCUGCCCCUUCCUUCCAGGCGGAGCUCCUCGACAUCCUCACUCGAAGUCAACGUCACCAACACAGGCAACACCACAUCCGACUACGUCGCCCUCGCGUUCGUUGCCGGCGAGUACGGUCCAGAACCACGCCCACGAAAAUCACUGGUCGCGUAUCAGCGGUUGAAGGGCGUUGAAAGCGGCGCGAGUCAGACGGGAGCAUUGAACAUCACGCUAGGUGCGCUUGCGAGGUAUGAUGUGAGUGGUAAUGAGAUUCUGUAUCCGGGCAGCUACAGGAUCCAGAUUGACGUGCCGGUGUUGGCGACGUGGGAGUUUGAAUUGACUGGAGCUGAAACUGUGUUGGAUCAUUGGCCGCAGUCGUGA